AUGACAGUGGAGACUACAGCCACGAAGUACAAGAUAUCAACAGGCAGGGGGGGUGCUGGUAAUAUUCACACAACCGAUUCUCAAAUAUCUCCAAAGGUUGUUCCUCGAGGUUCUCAAGCGCCGAAUAUUUUACAACCAGUGUUUAGCACUGGAAGAGGCGGUGCUGGUAAUAUGAGGAGAAAUGUUGAUGCAAAGCUAACCAGGAAAGCACAAGAUAUUGGUGAAGAUGACGAUGAUGCGGAUUUAGAGUCUUUCAGCCACAGUGACGAGGACUAUAUAGGCCCUGUGGCGCAAAAUGGUGAGGAAGAAGAAGCUUUUGAUCGUUUGGCUUCAACCGUAUCUGGCAAAAGUAACACCUCGAAUCGCUUGCAUAAGAGUAGGACCAAAGGGACCGAAACAAGACCUAAAACUAUAAUGUUGGGUCGGGGUGGAGCUGGGAAUAUUAUUUCACCUACCACAAGUAAAAAAUCCACAAAGAGGAAGAGCAGAAAAAAUGAAAAGAAAGGGUUCUGGGGCAACUUGAAAGGCAUCUUUUCGUAA